GUUAUAUUAUCUCUAUAUAACCUCUUCCCCCUUGCCUCCUUCAUAUUCCACAAUUCAUCCCCUUCGUCCUUUCAAGUCUAACACUAUAACAAUGGCCAUUUCUCCUGCUUCCUUCCUAUCCUCCGAGCAGGAAAUGCCUCGCCCAAAGGAUGUCGGUAUCCUCGCAAUGGAAGUCUACUUUCCCCACAGAUGCAUAUCUGAGGCUGACCUCGAGGUCUUUGAUGGUGUACCAGCAGGAAAGUACACCAUUGGUCUCGGCCAGGAAUUCAUGGCCUGCUGUGAUGACCGGGAAGACAUCAACUCUUUUGCUCUCAAUGCCGUUUCCGGUCUUCUUGAGCGUUACGAUAUCGACCCAAAGUCCAUUGGUCGCAUUGAUGUCGGAACUGAGACUAUCAUCGACAAAUCCAAGUCCGUGAAGACAACCCUCAUGGACCUUUUCGCCGAAUCUGGUAACUUCGACAUCGAAGGUAUCGAUUCCAAGAACGCAUGCUACGGUUCCACUGCUGCGCUUUUUAACGCAGUCAACUGGGUCGAAUCCACCUCGUGGGACGGUCGCAAUGCUAUUGUUGUCGGUGGUGACAUUGCUAUUUACGCUGAGGGUGCUGCACGCCCAGCCGGUGGUGCUGGUGCUGUCGCCCUUCUCAUUGGUCCCAACGCACCUGUCGUCGUUGAGCCGAUUCACGGUAAUCACAUGACCAACACGUACGAUUUCUACAAGCCCCGAUUGGACUCGGAGUACCCCGAGGUUGACGGGCCUGUCUCAGUUACCACCUACACUUCUGCAUUGGAUAACGCAUACUCGCGCUUCCGUGAAAAGACUGCUAAAGCUAAGAAGGCUCAGCUCAACGGCCACGCGAAUGGCAAGGAGUCUCUGACCUCCUUCUCCAUCGAUGACAUCGACUACGCUGUCUUCCACAGCCCAUACGGCAAGCAGGUCCAGAAGGGUCUCGGCCGUCUAUUCUACAACGACUUCCUUGCAAACCCCUCCUCGCCUUAUUUCGCUAACGUCGCCAACCCCGAAUCUGUCCUCGCGACCUCAUACACCGCUUCCCUCACUGACAAGAACCUCGAGAAAACCUUCAUUGGUGUCUCGAAGGCAACAUACGCCAAGAAAGUUGAGCCCGGCAUGGCCUGCUCGAAACGCCUGGGCAACAUGUACACGGGUUCGCUUUACGGCUGCCUUGCCUCUGUCCUGUCUUCCGUUGCACCUUCCGAGCUUUUGGGCAAGCGUUUGAGCAUGUUCGCUUUCGGUUCUGGCUGCGCUGCCAGCUUCUUCACUCUCCGUGUCAAGGGUGACACGUCAGAGAUCCGGGAGAAGAUGGACUUGCUCCCUCGCUUGGCAAGCAUGAAGCUCGUGCCUUGCCAGGAAUACGUUGACGCACUCACACUCCGUGAGAAAAACCACAACGCUGUGAACUACACGCCAGAGGGCUCCGUCGAGAACAUCUGGCCUGGCACAUUCUACCUCGAGAGCGUAGACAGCAAGUUCCGUCGCAAAUACGCACGCGCACCCAAGGCAUGAGUCAUUGCGGGCUGCGUGUCAUCAUCUUAUGUUUUUGCUUCAUGAUAUCUGUUUGGGUUUUGACUUGCAUUACAUUUAGAAGCAUAUACCUCAUCAACGCGCCGGUAGUAUGAUAGUGUUUGUAUAUUUGUAGAAGAAGAUGUUGAAUUACUACGGCGAUAAUACAAUUCAUUCGCACGGAAGAGAGAUUUGCUAGAUCA